GCGCGCCUCGCCUGCAGUCCUGGCGCGGCUGCUUCAUUGCGAGCUCGGCCGGCGGACGCAGGAGCCUGGCGCCCCGCACCCUCCCUCUGCUCAGCUCCCCCAGGCCUUGCUCCCGCCUUGCACCCUUCAGCGGGGGGCGGCUGCUCUAUGCACGGACGGGGACGCCCCAGUGCAUGAGGUCUGGUGCUUCCCGGAGAGCGGCUGAGCGUGUGCAUUAAACCCUGAGGAACGGGAACCAUGUCAGGCUCCUACGAUGAGUCUGCGGCGGCUGCAGAGGAAAUAACUGACAGCUUCUGGGAGGUGGGGAACUACAAACGGACGGUGAAACGGAUCGACGACGGGCACCGGCUCUGCAAUGACCUGAUGAACUGCGUCCACGAGCGGGCCAAGAUCGAGAAGGCCUAUGCCCAGCAGCUGACCGACUGGUCCAAGAGGUGGAGGCAGCUGAUCGAGAAAGGCCCGCAGUAUGGCAGCUUGGAGAGGGCGUGGGGAGCCAUGAUGACAGAGGCAGACAAGGUGAGCGAGUUGCAUCAGGAUGUGAAGAACAGCCUGCUGAAUGAGGACUUUGAGAAGGUGAAGAACUGGCAGAAGGACGCCUACCACAAGCAGAUCAUGGGAGGCUUCAAGGAGGCCAAGGAGGCAGAUGACGGCUUCCGGAAAGCACAGAAACCCUGGGCCAAGAAAAUGAAGGAGGUGGAGACGGCCAAGAAAGCAUAUCACCUGGCGUGCAAAGAGGAGAAGCUGGCAAUGACCCGGGAAGCCAACAGCAAGGCAGAGCAGUCCAUCACUGCAGACCAGCAGAAGAAGCUCCAGGACAAGGUGGAAAAGUGCAAGCAAGAUGUGCAAAAGACCCAAGAGAAGUACGAGAAGGUGCUGGAGGAGCUGAACAAGUGCACCCCGCAGUACAUGGAGAGCAUGGAGCAGGUGUUCGAGCAGUGCCAGCAGUUCGAGGAGAAGAGGCUCAUCUUCCUGAAGGAGGUUCUGUUGGACAUCAAGCGGCACCUGAACCUGGCUGAGAGCAGCAGCUACACCAACGUCUAUCGCGAGCUGGAGCAAACCAUCCGUGUGGCGGACGCGCAGGAGGACCUCAGGUGGUUCCGCAGCACCAGCGGCCCGGGAAUGCCUAUGAACUGGCCCCAGUUUGAGGAGUGGAACCCGGACCUCACACACAUGAUAACGAGGCGAGAGAAGAUUAAGAAGAAUGAAGGGGUGACCCUGACCAACGCCACUACCCCGGGCGAGUCAGCAGCAGUGGCCGGAGACCGCGGCAGCGUGAGCAGCUACGACCGCAGCCAGCCCUACACCACUGAAUGGUCGGACGAUGAGGGUGGCAACUCCUUCAGUGCCAGCGAGGCCAACGGCGGCGCCAACCCCUUUGAGGAGGAGCCGGCGGGGAAGGGAAUGCGUGUGCGGGCUCUGUAUGACUACGAUGGGCAGGAGCAGGAUGAGCUGAGCUUCAAAGCAGGCGAUGAAUUAACCAAAUUAGGUGAAGAAGAUGAACAAGGAUGGUGCAAAGGGCGUCUAGACAAUGGGCAACUCGGCCUUUACCCAGCCAACUAUGUGGAGUCUAUCUAACCUCGUGGUGUUCUCGUCAUUGCUGUCAGAAAAUAAACAAACCCUCCGUCGUCUUCAUUUCUCUACACCAGCCAACCAGCCAUCUUGCUGUCUGGUCACUCACGCUGCACCAUUAGAGAUUCAAACAUAUUUUCCAACCAAGCUUUUAUUUUUUUAAGAGCCGUCUCAGAAGAGUAUUUUGCAUACUGGCUUUUCUUCCUCUUCUUCUUCUAAGAUAAUGUGAAGUGAAAGGUCGACGUUGUCUGUCAUUUUUUUUUUUCAAAGCAAAAAGCCAAUACCUCAAGAUUUUAAAGCCCAACCAAUGAGGGCAUUUCCAGGGCUUCUGAUUGGUUGGUUUUUAAGGUUAUUGUAAUCAUAAGCCCACCUUCCCAUUGGCUGGAACUCUUCCGAAACACACAGCAUGUCAACUGCUGGGACCGGUCAAAUUUGCCCUAUUUGAACAUAACCAAAUUAAAAUGGGAGGAAAUGGAAUUUAUCCCCUUUUAUUUAUGUAUAGAUUUUUAUACUCACCCUCCCUAAUCAUUGUCUUUCCAGUUUCUCCAUCUUUGCAGGAGGAGGGGCGGGGGAAAUCUCCCUACCUAUCCGUGCCCUCUCCCAUUCAUCUCAAACCACAUCCAUGCACCGUACAUCUCCCAUCCAGCUGAACACACUGAGUCUUCAAGUUGGGCAAGGAUUAGGGCUCAUUGAUGUCUUGCAAGUGGGAUUGAUUGCCUGUAAAUUAAAGGAAGAUUCCUCAUCCCAGUGAAAGCUUUGGGGACCUUCCCUUUUUAGAGUAUGGUCUUCCCCUCUUCCUCCUCCAAUCAGACAUCACCAUGGUGUGGUCGCUGGUAUCAUAUUGUCAUCCUGGACUCAGCAAAGGCUUCCUUCCAAUGCUCUUCAGUGACAAUACAUCACUUCCUGAGUCCAGGUUCCUAGCAAGGCUGUACAAGUUCUCCAGUCCGAGACAGGAAUGCCUCUGGCAGCACCUGGGCACACUGGAGCAAAGGCACCUGUGGACCCUGAACCACAAUGUGGACUCCUGCUCCCUUUUCAGGGGAUGCUUGGUACACCGCUGUGGUGUGGAGAGCAGUGUAGGCCUGUGAAAGCUAAUGGAGGCCUGCACUCUGGGAGGGAGUGAACUGGGCCUUGAAAUGCAUCACCUCUUCUUUGGAGAUUUGCAACGCUGCUUCACCGCUGUUGGAAACCUCUUUGUAACAGUGACAGGUGCUGGGGUGAUUCAGGGUGCCAGGCUGGGAUGAAUCUUAGGCCUGGAUCAAGACCUCCUUCCUGGGAAAGGAAUCUCACCAGGGACCAUCAGAGAGACUAUUUUUCUGCCACUGAACUAAGGUGGGACCAGACUUCACUGUCCCGUUCUUUGCACUGGAAUGUGGUGGAGAUUUAUGUUGAUUCCAACCGGAUGUGGAUGGGUGCAGGAGAUUCCCUUUACACGUGCAGGCUUUCUCCCCCAGCCACCUGAUGGAGGAGGCAGGGGGCAUGGAGAGGAGUCGCCUGGCAUUCUGACUGGGUGCGUAGCAUGGGAGAUGCUUCAGGCCACCACCCUGCCUAGGACGCAUGUGGAAGAGUCACAGGGGAGAAGCAGUUAGUAAAUGAAGCCUGCACUAGUGUCAGACAAGAGAGAGUCCCUCCUUUAGGUUAGGCUAAGAACAACUCAUCUGCAUAGCUUUGUGCACCUGGUGUGGGCUCUGGAUACAGCUUCCAAGAGGAGAGAAUGUGGGACAGGAUUGGUGCGUAUGGAAUGGAUUCUGAGCCUGGAGCCCAACCGGUGUAAGGGUGGGGAUAGGUGCUGAUGCUGCAACACAGAGGAAAGACAGCUAUAAAGCAAGCUGCUGUGUGUCCCUUCCCCAAUGAGAAUGGGUGUCCUCCAGCCCCAUUCAUGGCCCCAAGUCCUGUCAUGAGCUCCCUGGAGGGACUGUGAAUAGGAUUCCCCAGCAGCUGCUCUGCACCUUCCUCAUGAAAGGCAUUUUCACCCCAUAGGCCCUGCUGAUCACACAUGACCUGUCCCCUGACUUCCAAGCCAAGCCUGCACUUCUGCUUGCCAGCAGUCUAGCUGUGGGUGCUCCAUUGUAGCCAGCAACCAAUUCACCCCUGUGCAACUCCAUUGACCUCAGUGAGCUUAAGCGGGGGGUGGAUUGGACCCUGAGACUUUCCUAAGCUAUGAUAAUACCAGAGGGGCGUUCUGCAUCAGCUGGAAAUGUGGCAGAACCAGGCCCUGGGCCCCGAGAAAAGGAAGUAAAGCAUGUGGGGCCCAAUUCCAAUCUCAGUUUCACUGGUGUAAAUCUGGAGUAACUCUGCCCGAGUCCCAGAGGUUUUACUCUGGAUUUAGAUCAGCAUCAGACCUAAAGGCAGUGGUGUGGGAACCAAAGAGUAAAUGCCAAAUGGAAGAGAACAUCAAAGCAAAAUCUGUCUGGCGUGAUACACCAGGGUCUCCUCGCGGAGAAUAAAAGAGGAUGGGGAUUGGUGUUUACUCUGAUCCAUGGAGGAAAGGGGCCAUUACAUCGCUUGCCAAGCCCAGCCUUUCUAGCGCUAAUCAUGCCUGGGGAAUGCCUGUGGCUUCUCCCAUCAGUGGCAGGUGGAAAGUCCCCACGAGGGCACAAAGGUGGCAUCCCAGGGCUAUAAAAAAAACAAUCCUUUUGUCAAACGCUACAUGGAGCUGCAGCAUCUCAGCCUUUUAACCCCCUACAAGCCAGGAUAGCAAAGUGAGGACUGUGGGAGAAAGGGACACUUGCUUUUACUUCUGCUUCAAUCAGGUAGGGGAUGUGAAUACUGGCUGGCAUCCCAUGGCAAACAGAGCCUUUGUUAGAACGUCUUCCUUGGAAGGUUUUGCCAGAGACAAGCAGGCAGGAGCUGUUCAAAGGGUCAAGCGUCCCCUGGAAAACAGGGAUGGCCGUUCCCCUGUGGCUUUAGCCUGAAGACUGAGAUAACGCCGACAACCCGUUGCCCGUGGGAGAGGUCACCAGAAGACUAAACCACCACACAGCUACUUAUGUUGUCAUCACUCUCUGUUGCACUAGAGACACGCCUGAGCCCAUAACCCUACGUCCAAACAAUGCAGGUCUGAGUUCCAUCUGUAUUUGUUAUUUCAUAGCCCUGGGAUGCUUUGUAAGUGGGGCCUACCAGCAAGCCCACGCGGGAAGGAGCAGUGAGAGGGUGUUGCUCUGUAGGUUCACAACAUAACCCAACCCAAAACCUUCCCAGGAGAGAAGCUGGCAAAAGCAAACCUAGUUAUCCAAGCUGUUUCCUCCUGCUGGCAGUGAAGUUGGGUCACUUGUCAUCCAACCACAUUUCCUUUCCUAAUCCCUGGGUGAGCCUCAGGCUGGUUCCAUCGAUGCCGAAUGCAAAGACGAGCCAUUCAGGAGAUUCCUAGCCAGAAUUUAGCAAGACAUCAUCUCCCCGGCCUCCCCCCUACUCAGGACAAAAAGAUAUUGGCUGGUAGAGAUACAUAUGACAACUCCCAUGGGGCAGGUCUUGAGAAGCCUCUUCCUGCCCUGAGUGUAAGUGAAUGGGGCUAAAUACUCCAUUGCCCCUGCACAGCAAGAGCAGCCCUUCAUGAGUCACAGCUGAGUCAUGGCUCACCCUGCCCGCCCCUUUUCCAGCAGGCUCCGCCUCCUCUCAGCAUCUGGCUACCAUGCUCCUUAAGCAGCCUCCACCGGGGCAGCUUGUGUCUUGGAGGUGCAGAAAAACAACAAAGAACAUUGUAUAUAGCGGAUUCAAAUUUCAUAUGGCCCACGGGUGCAUAUGGGUAACAGGUUAUCUGCCAUUCCUUGAGCAGUUCAGGAGAAAAGGUCCCCCUGAUUUUUCCACAGGAAGCCACAGAUGAUUGCUUAUUUAUUCCCCAUCAUCUUCAAAUUCAUCAGCUGCCUCCCCUCCACCUCCUCCUCCUCCUCCGUCUGUUUAGUUCAUGAAUUAUUGACUCCAGCGACCAAGUGUUCUUCCCGCCCGAAUAAAUGUGCUGCAUCCUGGAUAACAUAGACAAGACCUCUCCAACCUUCAGCUCUAUUUCUUCCAUUAGUUAACAACAAACAACAACAACAAAAGUCAAGGAAAUGCUGUUGUCUCAGCACUGCACCUGUUUUUUGUACAUUGAUUGUGUAAUUUAAAAAAGAUCUAUCUACAUAUAUAUAUAUAUAUAUAUAUAUAGUGAUUGUAUUACUGUGGAUAUGACAAAAACAACAAAAAGAGUAACUGAGCUAUGUAAUUGUUAUAUGGAUUUUAACCCUCCUUUGAGUCUUGUGCUCGAAUAUCACCUGGUGUAGAUGUAACUGUCACCUUUACCAGAUGAGCAUUACUUUGGGGUUUGGUUUGUAGCAGGCAAUGGGUAUAGGGAGUAAGAGCAGGGAUAUUUCUCAAGUGCCAGUGUGGCGGGGUCGGGGGGGGGCACUUCCUGCACAGGAAGUAUGAUGCCUCCCUCUCCCCCAUGCCUUCCACCUCCACCCAUUGCACGCUGAAUUAUCGCUGCGCCUGAACCAGGUGUAAAAGGCCCUGUUGUGUUCAUCCAGAGAAGCUCGAGAACCCGGGGGCCUGGUUUUCAGAAGCCUUGGGCGCUUGCAGACUUCAUCAUCUAGAGUUGGGGAGGUUCAGUCCCUCUGACCACCAGGACUUGAGUGUUCUGAAAACACGUCCCUCCAAGGUGCUGAGAAGCUGAGCCUGUUGCAGGAGCAGGCCAGAGCUGGGGUGAGAAACAGGUGGAAAAGGCCCUUUGCAGCAAAGACCAGCUCUCUUAUCACUCCUCAUAGGAGAUGAGCCAGGACCUCCACCAUGAAGCCUUUGUUGCUGGGGAGGAGGGAUUGGCUCAAAUCCCUGAUGCUGCCACGAGGGCUUUGCUUCCAAGUCAGAUCCAAAGCCAGAUCGGGGGGAGUGGUCUAAAGUUUCGCUGUCAGGAUGAAGCCAAGAUCCUUGCAAGAUUUUGAGUCUCCCCAGAUCAAGUUGGGGGUGCGUGUUUGCCUCCCACUUAGCCUCUGGUCAUGCAGCACUGGAUUUUAGCAUUGUCCAACCCAAAGCCCAAGCCUAGUUCCAAUUCAGCUCCAAGCCUGAAAGGGCGAGGGAAACCCGAUCCUUAUAACCAC